AUCACUAAUUUCUUUUGUUUAUAUCAUGAUUGGUUUUUAUACAUAUUAGUAUUUAUUUAUUUACUUGAACACAUAGAUAUUGGUACAAGGAAGCACCAAAUACAUAUGCGCCACACAAAUCACAUUAGAUAUGUGUUAGGGCUGUGAUACUGCCUGGUUGCCCAAACCGGAGCACGUGGUUCUCUUAGUAGGCCACACCCGGAGCCUUCGACCUGAAGGUCUGACCCACAAGGUAGUGGAGCAUCGUAAGGAGAUGCACUCUCAUGGUAGCCGGUGACCAACGACUGGUUCAUACGCUAUUUGUUCCCUCAGGAAAAUGGAGCCCAUAUGCACCAUUGGUUUGGAAUCAGGGUUUUUCAACUUCCCUGGGUUGACUAUCCAUAUCUACCGACCCGGUUAAUGCUCCGGACAUUCGCUUAUCGUCCUCUCAAUUUCGUAAACAACACCCCUUCGUGAGAAGGCAGUGAGUAGGACUUACCUGAUAAUAAUUGUAUACGCGUGACCGUGUGAGAGUAUUUCAAGAGGGAGAAGGGACUCUCCCCAUUCUCGGCCGCACCAGGGCAUUUGGGGGCACAUAUUAGUAUUGUGAAAAUUCUACAUUCAUGACAGGAUCUUUCAUUCAGUUUAAUUAUGAUAAUUCCUAAAUAGAAUGUUCAGUUGAUAAAUGAAUUUCACUGAUGUUUGCCUAUGUGCUAUAUUCUGAAAUUCAUAAGUCUCGACUUUAUGGACGUCCACCUCAAAACUUACCACCGUAUUAUCAACUAAAUUUAAUUCUUUUUCACUGAACUAUACAAGUUCCUACAAAACACUAACGUGAGAUGAUUAAGAUGACUAAAAGUUGGAUAAGUUUUUACCUCAAUAAUUCUAUAAUUUUUGACAACACAUUGGUUAACUAAAGCAAAGAAAACAAUCCAUGGAUUAUUAAUUACUCUCUUGUUGUCUAUCGAACAAAUUUAUUCAAGUGUAAAUGAAUAUAUAUUUCAUACAAAUCAGUGAUAUUUGUAUAUACUUUUUAUAUUUGCAAUAAAUCAAUAAUGGAAAUCUAAUAUCAUUGAAAGUAGAUCACUUUUCUCAGAACAAUGUAUUUAGUUCAUUCUGAUUAUGUGACUACCAAUGUGUUUUUUAUUACUAAUAGACAUUUGUAAUUAACACUUUAUCAACAUUCAUUAAUUAUGAUAGAUGAAGAAAAUAAGAUAUAUUUAUUUCAGCCAUUAAAAUCUACAUUUAAUUAUAGUCAAACUAAUAUAAUAGUUUGAUCUUUGUAUAUAUAAGUCCAUAAUAUUUUCUUGAUUUGUUAAGUAGGAUAAACAAGAGCAUAUAUUUUAAGAUAUACAUUGGUUAACAUUCUACCUUAAUAAAGAAAUUUACUGAAUUUUGUGCUUUGAAUGAUUCAUAAGUUACUAUGUGUCGUUCUUUUUCUGUUGCUAAACGAGACUAAUCUUGGGAUGUUAACACAUCUGAUAUUUGUAGCAUCGUAGCAAAUAUAAUCGUAAUUCAGUUACAUAUAAUUUCUAAAUGUUUCUUUGAUUUUGAAUUCAGUACAUAUCGUGUAUAGUGGAGUCGAUUCAUCUAUGAAUUUCAGAACUUAUGUAAAACGUAAUGAGGUUAUAAUUGGUUUUUCUCGUUAUACCUUUCAAAUUUUUAUAAGUAUUUUAGUUACACAUUGCAUGAUGCAUGCAUGAACGCAGACAAUAAUAUCUGUAUGGAUAUUUGUCUUUAUUUUUAUGCAUCGAUAAAGUGGCUUUUCCGACAUCUACUAAAAAGUCUGUUUUUAUUAUCUAUUUGAAAAAUUCUUUCGAGGACUACUGUAAUCAAUCAUUUACAACUGUAAACAUCUACCAUCUUUAUUAAAAGCUGUGGAUAUGGAUCUAACCAACAACGUUUCUUCAUUACAAUAAGACAUUACCUCCAAUAAAAGUUAAAAGAUAAAAAUACAUUGACAGAUUAAUUUUAUUAGGAAGUGUUAUAUUAAGAUCAUGUAGUUGAGGAAAAUUAUAAAUAUUUCAUGUUGGACACAUUUAUAUAUUCCAAUAACGUGUGAACAGUACACAGUCUGUUUAUCUAUAAAUAUGUAUUAAAAAUAUUUACAAAAUCAAAUGUUCUAUGAAAGUGUAGGAUAAUGAUCGUUUUAUUUCCUUAUAUAUAAAAACAUCUAAACGGCUAGAUGAAAAUUUUAAGCUACUGGGAGUUAAAAGAUCAUGGGAAAUAUAAAAAAAUAAAAACACUAAGCAAGUAAUUUGUCAUGUUUUGUAAUUUCUCAGCAAUUCACAUACUUUUACUCUAAAAAUCAUAUAGCUAACCAAAAAUUUGCAUCUCCUUAAUCUCUAAAAAUGUUUGACUGAAUGAGUUAGAAUAAAUAAUGACUGAAGAUUAAAACUUCUAUCAGGAUUGUAAACUAAGUACUUAUGAAACAUAUCCAUUCACAAGAAAACAUGCCUUUAUCAUUUUUAUGAAUGAUGCAAACAAUAAAGAUUACUGAGUACAAAUAAUAUGAAUUUAACUGCCAUUGAACUACAAGAGAACAAAUGUGCACAAGAUAUAAAGAAAGAUUCGAAAUAACUGAAUGAUCGAACAUAUUUAUCAAAUAAUUGCACAAUACAUAUAAAUGACUAAUGGAAUAACUGAUUUAAAUGGAUAUGUUACUCAUUCUAACUAGAUAAUAAAGCAAGCAACUUAAAUCAUACUCUACGAAAACCAUUGAAAAUAGAUAAUAAUAAAAGACGUAAACAACAAUGACAAAUUAACUGCUGUUAAAUAGAGUUUUCUUCUAAAGUGAAGGCAUUAUUAAAAUAUCAAAGUAAAUUAUUAACCAACUAAACCGUAGAGAAUAAACUAAGAAAUCGUUAAAUCUGAAAGGACUAAUGAUCACUCUUUAAAGGCCAAAUAAAAAUAAUUUUCCAAAAUUUAUGACUAUGAUUUUAUUAAAACAAUAAGACUCGGUAUAUUCAAACUUUAAAAAUCUGAAAAAUUAAAUUUAUAGACUUAAAUCACAAUAUAUAAAAUUGAUCAAUGAGACGAGUAAAUAACGUGAGCAAGUUAUUAUCCUAAUGUAAAACGUAGUUGUAUAUAAGAUGUUAAAGGCUGUUUUUAGCUUCUGAGAAUAUGCUCAAUUUGGUCAUCAUUACUUACUAUUCAGAAAUCAGAUAUUUUAAUCCUGAAUUGAACAUUAUCAAAAAUAAAUGUUAAGCUCAUAUUCAAUGCCUAUGAAAUGUUGAAAUUUCAGAGAAACAAAUAGAAUAUUUGUAAUGUCGAAAAAUUUCGAGAACAGAAAGCUAUACUUUCUUAACUUUUAGCCUUACAAUAUUUCGAAAAACCGUGCAUUUUUUUGAUGGAUCAUAAAAAUUAAUUAAUUGUUAUAUCCCGGUGAGAAUCAUGAAUGGUAACUUUUGAGAUCCAUUUGUGGACCGAUCCUUUGCGUAUAAUUUUACCAUAUAAUCGUUAAAUAAAUGAAAUAUUCAUAUUGGUUUUUCUAUUAUUAUGAGCUUUAUUUUAACCUAUGAACUGUUAUUAUACGACUUACCAUUCUUGAGUUAUACCCAGUCUAUCAAUUACUACCCCCCACAUUCACAGCCACUUUUGGCUAAAUCUUGUACAAAUAUUUCUUCCUAUUUUAUGAUACGAUGUGGUCUGUCUGGUCGGUAUAUAAACCCAGUAUGUUUGAAAUAAACGAUUUAUACUGCAGAGGCUGAGACUGGUGUUCUAGACUUAACUGGCUGGGCUAGGCGGAAAGCAGGACCAAUCAGGACUCUAGACUGCUCGCAUGGUUUUUAUGCGUCAUUGUUCCGAUCGAUAAUUCACUGUUCUCUAAUUGGCGAUAUCGUCACGUUAUACAUUGAUAGGAAACAGAGUAAAAGUUAUAAUAAUGUGAAAACAAAAUAUGUUUUUGAAUAAUUUAAUUUAACAUCGUGCAAAUUAAACCAUUUCUUCCAAGUUAUAUAACUAAAUAAAAGAGGGAGAAAAAAAUAUCCGAUUUCCGCACUUUUAAAGAUGAUCUGUCAUAAAGCACUUCACAUUCUACCUAUUUGUGUUAAUGACUGCUUAUACUAACCAUUUAUAUCCUUUUUGUAUAAUUCAUAUGAUUCUAUUAUUUUUGUCUAAAUAAUUCGUAACAAUGAUUACUUGAAUUUAAAAUGUUAUCUAAACUACUAUUGGUCAAUUCAUGUUUUCAUGAUUGCAUCAAUUGACCAAUCAGAAAAAACUACUAAUUACAAAAAGAAAAGUAUUAAUUAAUUAAAUCCUUACUCCUAUGUAUAUAAAACAACUGUUGUAUAAUUAUGACGUAAAGCGUAUCCUGUUUCAAGAGUGUCGAGAUUUCAUCUGAUUUAAAUAAACAGUGAUUAAACUAUUUUUAUUCAGGAAAAAGAAGUCAAUUAUUAUGAAGACAUUCAAUUGAUGAACAAGAAGUAUUUUCAUUACUUACUUUCCUUUAUUGAAAUCAACACUAUUUUGAAAUACAACUAUUAUCCUUUUCUUUAUACAUAUUCAAUUUUUCAACUUGUACGUCAGUAUUUAUUUUCUAAGGAAAAUCACUGUUCAUAAUUUUUUUCUGGUUAAAUUUUAAUGAUGAACACAAUGUAUAUCAAUAUUUCAACCAAUCAUUUAAUGGUUCAAAGAUGCUUGUAAACAAUCCUGAUAAAAUUGCUUAUUGUAUUUUCAAAGUUAUUCCUUGGCAGGUAGUACAAACGUUAUCAAAGAAAAUAAACUAUAUGGAUAUAUGUUUUAUGAUGAAAAUGAAAGAUCAUAUUAGUUGCUCUCAAAUAGAAACUGUACUGAUUCAUUAUUGAUUUUGUAUAGUUAUUGAUUUCUUUUAAAAUUUCAUAUUAUAUUUCAUAUCUUAUCACCUGGAAUUUGGAGUGUAUUCAGUCGAUUACAAAUGAAACUGCUUUUAAAUAAUUAUCAUAAUUUACUCUUAACAUCAAUAUUCUUGUUAUUAUCCCUAACAUCGUUAAAUAAUUUAUUUAUCCAAUGUGAUUUAUUAUUCAAUGAAGAAGAUCAUCAUUACAACAAUAAUCAUCGCGAAAAGAAUAUAACCAAUAAUAAUAAUAAUGAUGAAUCAUUUCACCAUGUCGAAAAAAAUGCAAACGUGAAGAAUCAUGUUCAUGAAAGUUUGGAAGCCGAUGAAUAUCAUACAGAAAAUAUUGAGAAUGAGAGCGCAAAUCAAAGUGACGUAUUGUCAAAAUCAAUAACUGAAGUAAAUCAUGAUAGAUCAUUACCUGUGACAAAUAAUGCACCUAAUAAUGUUACUGAUAAUAAAUACCCAAUAACUAAAAUAGUUUCAAACAAAUCAUCAUUGUAUAAAUAUUCAUUGAACCAAGAUGUAUCUAAUAAAAAAUUAAUUAAUAAUAGAAAAGUAUCUAAUAGUAAAUAUUUAUCUUCUUGGGCAUUUUCAGCACCAUCAACACUGAUUAAGUCUUCAACAAAAAUUGUUGAGAAUUGGCCACUUAGCGACUAUCGUAUUGAAUUCAUUGAAGAUUUAAUUCAAAAAAAUAUUGGAAUAAAAUUCAAAGACAAUGAUAAUAAUAAUUUUUCGCAAAUGAUUAUUAUGCCAAAAACAUCUUCAAUUUAUUUAGUGAAAAAUCGAGGAACUCUGUUAAAGUUAGACAUGACGACAUUCGAACAACAUGAUAAAUAUACACUACCGACGUCAUUAAAGUCUAUGCCAGAAUGCAACGAUUCUUGGUCAUGUCACUCAAUGAAGGAAAUCAGUUUACUUGCUAAAAUGCCUGAUGAACGUAUGAUAUGGAUCUGCUAUGUGACCCAUCAUUCUCACGAAAAUCGUCCUAAUCUACUUGCAGAAAGUGGUUGCAUGGUCCCGACGGUUGAAAAUCUGGCCGUACCAUUAAUUCAAUGGGAAAAUCCUCAUUUCAAUUCACUAUAUCCUGAUAAACCACCCAGUGUUCUUAAUGCAGCUGAUGGAUUCACUUAUAUAUCUGCAUUUACUUUAGAUUACUUGCGUAUAUUUCGUGCUUAUAUGCCAGAUUGGAAUGGAAAUUUCAAUUGGACAGGUGCAUUGGUCACUGAUAAAAAUCCAACAUUUAUAGCAGAACCCGCGCAAAUUUUAUUAACUUUCGAAACAAUUGAUGAAAUUUAUUUCGUUCUUCGAGAACAACCAAAUUCACAAAUGUCUAGAUGUGAAGAAAAUGUAGGUAGUUCUAUAAACCAUUUAUCUAAAGUUGAAAAAUUAAAACGAUUGCACCAGCCUUACUGUUUAACAAGUGUUGCACGUUUAGUAAGAGUUUGUAAAGGUGAUCCAGGUGGUUUGCCAUAUAUUAGCUCAAAUCGUUUUGCUACAUUUGCAAAAGCUGAUUUAAUAUGUCCAGCUACAAAUGAAAAUGGUGGAUAUUUUAGCUAUACACACAUUUCAACAGCUUAUUGGGAUAAUAAUACACAAUUACUUUACGCAACAUUUACAACGGAAAAAUCAGCUCCAGUUGGAAGUGCUUUAUGUAUUUAUAGUUUGAAUGAACUUAAAGCUUCGUUCAAUGGACCACUAGUUCGUACUAAUGAAAAACAAAAUGAUUUAAAAUCGUCUCCUGUAUCAAAUUCAUUUUCAAAUAUUUGCACAAGAUUCAAUUCCAAAAAUAGAACUGAAGAAGAAGUAACAGUCGGACGACUUUUAUCUUUACGUUUCCCUUAUCGUUAUUUGCCAGUCAAACCACUACAUGGUCAUGCUUUAUUGUCACAAACUGGUGAUAAAUGGGUGCAUUUGCAGGCUUAUAAUUUGCCUUCAGUAACAAAUUACAUUCAAAGUGAUGAACAGAUAAAAACAAGUAUCAUAUGGAUUGGUACAAAGGAACAUUUGACUCAAUUCGUAGUAUAUGCUUACAACGAUGUAAUAUCACCUACUGGAGAAACGUAUUCAACAGAUUACCAGUACAAAGCGAUACCAAUUAUAUGCAAACUCAAAGAGAUUUUACUUGGACGUCAGAUUGAAGCAAUAAUCCUUCAGUUACCGCCAGAUAGAUUGGAUUCGAAUGUUAACAAGGAGUUAGAAAUAAAUAUUGACACCAUUUCGAAUAAAAGGAAUCUUUCCAAACGAAUUGGGGACGUAAGCGUGGAAUCAGUUAGAACAUCACAAGUAAAUAGACUUUAUGGUGAAGAGAUAGUUGGUAAAGCAGAAAAAGAAGAAAUUCGUCGUAUCGAAAUAUCAGGUUCUUACUUACAUAUCAUGACAAAUAAACAAUUAUUCCGUCUACCACUAACACGUUGCUCUGAAUAUCAAACAUUUGAUGACUGUCUCAACUCAAAAGAUCCUCACUGUGGUUGGAAUUGGUCCGAAGGUAGAUGUUCAAGUGGUUAUCUGUUUGAGUCUACCGUACAAAUUAACCGUUUAAAUACAUUUUCACCAUCGAUCGAUCAUAGACAACGAAGUAAUCAUCAAUGUCCAACAAAAAGUUUUACAUUUGAAAAAGAUAAAGAGAAUUCAUGGACAAAGUGGUACGAUUGCAAUUGGAUUGCCUCACUACAAACAAGUGAUCCGGUUCCUAUAACAAUUCACAAUCAACCGACUGAUGAUGUCAAUGAAAAUGUUGGUGACAAAAUCUCAAUGAAAUUACUGGGAAGUUGUUUAUGCCGUUUAUGCAUCAGCCAAGUUAAUUGUGUUCUUGGAAUCCAGCAGGUUAAGAACUGUACUCGUUUCGAUCAAAAUUGGCUUCCUUGGUCUAUUUGGAGUGACUGUGAUCCAACUACUAAUAUUCAAAUACGGAAAAGGCAAUGUCGAUCCAAUGCAGUUUGUUCUGGAAGCAGUAUCGAACAACGAUCUUGUUUGGACGAUGACAGCUGGUUUAGAAAAUCCAAUGUUAUACCGAAAUCAGCCAGUUACUAUAAAUCAAGAAUUCAUUACACUACACAAGCUGACGGUUACACUCUUACACAUUUGAUACUUGUAGUAAUAUGUGGAUUAUUAACUGGCAGUUUAUUAACAGUUAUAUUAUUUUGGUCAUGUAGAUGUCAUCGUUGGUCAUAUGUUGUGGAUGAUAUUGCUAAAUUAACAAAGAAAAAUCAUAUGAAAACUAUUCCUACUCAUUGUAAAGGUCAACUACCUUAUGCAAGUCAACAAACUUGUUUAACUACUAGCGAACCGUUAAGUAAACAUUCAUGGAGUUUAAUUGAUGAAAAAGAACCUAUCUGGUGUAAUAAAUCAGGUAAUAUAGCACAAACACCAACAGAUACACGUUACGAAUAUCUACCAUGUACUCAUGUUAUACCAACUAAUACCAGAUUUAACAGAUCAGUUGGUCGAAAGUCAACAAAAAUAUGUCAUUUAAACACCCCAUGUCAUGAUAUACCGACAAGUGUAUACUUACUAUCCAAUACACCGUCACCAACUUCAGUGACAAGUAACCCGUCAACAACUUCAACGUUACUGAAAGACAAGUUUACAUUUGAUUCAUUUGCUGAACAAAAUUCAAAUGUUUUAGGUGAUUGUAAAACUAAUCUACUUAAUAUUACACCUGAUAACAAAAAUGAGAAUAACAACGAAAAUCUAGGGAAUUUAUACUUAACUGGUUAUUUCUAUGCUGCACCAAUAGAACCAAUACAUAACCAACCGAUAACAUCAACAAAAAAUUCUUUACCGACAACAAGAAUCAAUAUUGAAUUACCUGAACAUCAUGACUAUCAAACUAGACAAAUCCCUACAAUAUCUUCAUAUUAUAAUCAAAUAAAUACUGGUCUUGUUAUUCCAAAAUCUAUUCUUGUACAACCUACAUUGUCAUCAUUUAGAGAAAAUGAACACUUAAACAAUAAUAUCAUUAGUAAUACUAUGAUAACAACAAAAUGUAUUGAUGGUGAAACUUUUACAGUUACAGAAAAUCCAGUACAACUUUCAUAAUCUUGUUCUAUAGGUUAUAAACGCUUAUUCUUUAUAAAAACAAACAAACAAAACAUGGUUAAACAAAAGAAUUCAACGAUAAUGUUUUAGGUAAUAAAUAAUUUUCAAAAGUGUCAACAUUCAAUAUUUGUGUGUAAAACCAAAAAAAAAGAAAAAAUUCGUUUUUCUUUCAUAUUUCUUCAUCUAAACGUGAUUUAAAAUAUUUAGGAAAAAUAAGUAGUAUGAAACGAAAUCUUCAGAAGGAUAUUUCAUCAUUGUCCUGUACAAUCUUGUUUAUCAACUUGAAUUAUUUAAAAUGAUGUUUAUCAUAAUUAUUAUCGUUAUAAAUAUUAUCAUUAUCAUCAAUAGUAAUAAUAAUAAUAAUAAUAAUAGUCUCUUUGAGAAAAUAUUAUCAUUACUAUGAAUAAAACUAUAAAUUUACAUGGAAAUCUAUAUUUGAAUGACUAUUUAAACACUGAAAUUGAAUGUAUUAUCCUUAAUGAAACAUUAGAAGUUAGCUUCAUAUAAUAUAAGACUUAUAUAUGUAAAAUUUAUCGAUGUAUUUAGUCAUUUUAAUUAAUAAUUGUAAAGUUUGUUUAUUUUAUACAACAAAAACAACAAAAGUAUUAUUGCAUGCUUAACAUUU